UUCGACCAAACCAUGAAGCCUACUCUGAAAGAGCCAUUCCUUUCCAAUCGAAUACUACGACACUGUAAACCACGUCAUGAGAAGAGCAAUUUGUAAAUAUGUGUCCCUGUUGUGCAUUCUCGUCGCCCUCGCUCACGGGCAGACGCGUGAAAAUGUGAAAGUCGAAAAAGUGACAGAUACUUACAGCCAUUCCGAAGGCCCCCAUUGGGACCAUCGUACUCAAAAGUUGUAUUUUGUUGACAUAAUUAAUCAGUAUAUACGCAGACUUGAUCCCGCAACACGUGUUGUGACCAGCGCAUACAUAGAUCAUGGGACUGUAGGGGUUGCUGUACCUGUGGAUGACAGUGUUGACCAACUUAUAGCAGGUUCAGGAAAAGAUGUUAUUCUUGUUACUUGGGACGGAGACAGCAAUAAAUCUAAGGUACCAAUCAAAGUGUUGUGUUCGGUCGAUUCUCCUCAGGCUCAAACAAGAAUUAACGAUGGAAAAGUGGACUCGGCUGGAAGAUUUUGGCUCGGUACUAUGGGUAAUGAAGUCAAUGGAGAGGUACCUCCCAAUUUAGGGACAUUAUAUCGCGUUGAUGAUGAUUUUGAGCCAAAAAAGGAAAUAUCACCUGUUACAUUAAGUAACGGAUUGGCAUGGAAUACUCAAGACGACACUUUGUAUUAUAUUGAUUCACCUACUCGUCAAGUUGCAGCGUAUGAUUACAAUCCGAAUAAUGGAACUAUAUCUAAUAAGAGGAUUGUAUUCGAUCUCAAUAAGACUGAUUUGAAAGGGGUACCUGAUGGAAUGACUAUAGAUACAGAUGGCAAUCUUUGGAUAGCAUUAUUUGGUGGAU